AUGUGGGGUGUUGGGGGGAGUGCGGGGCUGGGGAAGUUGGGGGUUGGGGGGAGUGCGGGGCUGGGAAAGUUGGGGGUUGGGGGGAGUGCGGGGCUGGGGAAGUUGGGGGUUGGGGGGAGUGCGGGGCUGGGGAAGUUGGGGGUUGGGGGGAGUGCGGGGCUAGGGAAGUUGGGGGUUGGGGGGAGUGCGGGGCUGGGGAAGUUGGGGGUUGGGGGGAGUGCGAGGCUGGGGAAGUUGGGGGUUGGGGGGAGUGCGGGGCUGGGGAAGUUGGGGGUUGGGGGGAGUGCGGGGCUGGGGAAGUUGGGGGUUGGGGGGAGUGCGGGGCUGGGGAAGUUGGGGGUUGGGGGGAGUGCGAGGCUGGGGAAGUUGGGGGUUGGGGGGAGUGCGGGGCUGGGGAAGUUGGGGGUUGGGGGGAGUGCGGGGCUGGGGAAGUUGGGGGUUGGGGGGAGUGCGGGGCUGGGGAAGUUGGGGGUUGGGGGGAGUGCGGGGCUGGGGAAGUUGGGGGGAGUGGGGGCCUGGGGAAGUGGGGGGUUGUGGAAGUGGGGGGUGGGGAAAGUGCGGGGGGAAAAAGCGGGUGGGGGAAGUGCGGGGUUGGGAAAAGUGCGGGGCUGGGGGUAG